AUGUGCUCAAUUUUGGCGGUAAAAGUCAAUGACCAAAACAAUAAAAACCAACCAAAAGCAACUUCACCAAAAAAACAACCAAUGAAGUUCAAGAACACUACAAGGAGGAAUAAAGGAGUGGAUAUAACCAACAGAGUAAUGAGUGGAGUGCCUGUACGGAUGUACGAACCUUUGUCAUCGGUACAGAAAUCCAACAGACCAGUACUCAUAUACAUCCAUGGCGGAGGCUGGACCUUUCUAUCGGUUGACAACUACGACCUUCUCAGCCAAAAGCUUUCCAAGGACGCUGAUGUUGUUGUCAUAUCUGUUGAAUACAGACUGAGUCCCCAAAAUCCCUAUCCCGCUGGUUUGAAUGACGUAACCGACGUAAUUUCAUACGUAUUUAACAAUGCUGAAGACGUCGGAAUCAACCCGGGACGUAUCCCUGUAGGUGGAGACAGUUCUGGUGGGAACUUGGCAGCGGCAGCACAACUUCGCAAAGAAAUGCGUGGGAAAAUAGCAAUGCUGCUUCUGUUGGUGCCUGUGUUACAGGCGGUGAACCUGAAAACGACAAGUUUUACAGAAAACGUAGAUUAUCUACGAAACAGCGUUAACAAUCCCCAUCAAGCGUUAUAUUUCUUGCAUUACCUUAACUUAGAUUUAUCACUCUUCAGUGCAUUCAAGAACAACCAACAUACGUCUGGUGACUUUAGGUGAGGAAAAUAUCAAUUUUUGUUUGAUCAUGAGUAUCUUCCUAGUGAAUAUAUACGAUCUGAAAAACUUAGAAAAAAGAAAACAGACAUUAGUGAUUCAGACAAUAAGACAUUAUUUAAUGAAGUAAAAGAUAAGCUAACUAAAAGAAAACUACCUUUCUGUGGCGGAACUGUUACAUGA